UUCAAGUUUCUCUCUGAGCAUUGGGACUUGUUAGAUAUAAAGCCAUUAAAAUAACAAUAAAAUUUAAAUUAAAAAAUUUACAACAGAUGGCCACACCAUAAUUAAAAAUAUAUAAAUUUUGUGAAGAAUCAGUUCAGUUGAAUUGAAAGUGUUAUAUAAAAUUAUUUAAAAAUUGAGUAUGAAUUUACGCGAUUUAGAAAUUAUUCUUAAAUCUUUAGUUUUAAGCAGUCCGUUUGACUUAACUUUGGAAAAGUUAGCAAGAGAUUUUGAACUGGAAGCAGGCUACAGUAUUCCUUUUAAAAAACUAGGCUUCGUUUCUUUAGAAUCAUUAAUUUCGUCGUUUGAAGGGAGCUUUAUUCUAAUAAGAAAAAAUGAUACAACUUUCGUUAAAGCAAAAUCAUCCAGUAAAACCAGUCAUAUUGAAUAUAUGAUAUCAGCCCAAACCAAUAAACAACGCCGAAAGAAAGGUUUUCGUGAAGCUUGGAAAUCAUCACCUCGUGUUUUCAAAGGAAGAAACGUUUUUUUCAAUGAGUAUAAGGCACAAUCUCCACAUUACCCGAAAAAACACCAAACCACGAUGUGUUUAAAUGCAAAUGAAUCUCAAAAAAUUUCAAAUAGCAUUGAUAAAUCUCACUUUAAUUACAUGGAAGAAAAUGAUAUUAAGAAUUCGGAAAACGCAAAUAAAUCAAAAAAGCAAGUCAGGCUGGGAAAUGUUACCCUUAUAAAUGAGUGUGAUAGCAUAGUAAGAAUAGAUUGCACUGCGCUCCCUGAUUAUAAUGAGAGCAAGAGCGAUGAUUUCGUUAAUGAUUUACGAUCAACUUGUGAUGUUUUUGAAGAGCUAUGUUUAGAAAAUCCGAGUGAAGUACAAUCAAAUAAUCAAGAAAAGGGUUCAGUAUCAUCUUCCAAUGGGGAUUCACAAACAAGUUUGUUUGAUAACUUUUGCUUAGAAAAUCAAAAUGAGAUUCACCCAAAUAUAAAAGAAAAUGCCGUUUCAAUGUCUUCUUCCAAUGAUGAUGAAUUUUCAAUUUUUAAAGAUGACAUUCCGGUGUUCUUAGACGACUUUCCAAAAGAUGUGGCAUUACCCGAACACAAAAUUCCGGCCGCAAAUCAUAUAUUAGAUUUAACUGUAGGAUCGCAGUUUUGUCUUUAUGUAUCUGAAGUUCAUAACCCUCACAAAUUUUGGUUUCAUAUGGAGAAAAGCAAGAUAUUGGACGAAUUAAUGUUUAAAAUUGAAUUGUUUUAUCAAAAUAUAGGCGAGUCAAAAGAAUAUGAUAUGCAUUUAUCAAAUAUGAAUCCUAAUCAACUAUGUGUUGCGUUAUACAAUAAAUAUUGGCAUCGUGCGAAAAUUUUACAAGUUCCUGUGGAAAAUUUCGUUAAAGUAUAUUUUGUUGAUUACGGAACUAUUGAUAACAUACAUAUCUCAUCACUUAAGUAUAUACAUAAAGAUUUUGUUAACAUUCCGUCUCAAGCUUAUCGUGGUUGCUUUGCAUUUUUAAAUCCUGCUGAUAUGUUUUGGCAACGUGAUUGUACAUAUACUUUAUUAAGUUAUGUGUACGAGAAGAAACUUUGGGCGAAACUUGAAUAUUUUGACCAAGAUGAUAAGAUUUAUCACAUAACUGUUAUUGAUACUAGUACUAGAAAAGAUAUUAAUAUAAACAAAUUCUUAAUAGUAAAAGGUUACGCAAGUUUGUGUAGUAUAAAUAAAGUUAAAACACAUACUCAAUACGUUUAUCCUACUUUCGAAAUGAUAGAGAGUGGACACUAUCCAUCAUUUGAUGAACUUGGAAAAUUAUUAGCUAAAGGUAACGACUACGAAAGAGAUGAAUAUAAAACAUUGAAAAGUAUAAACACAGAAAAACUAUACCAUUGCUCAACUUUGGAAUUUUGGAACCAGAUUAAGAAGUUCUAAAGAAUUAAUGUCGACU